GGAGGAAGGCGGUGCUCGUCUUUGCCUCGGCGAGGAGGCUCCACCCGCUCGGGGUCCUUGCGAGUGGUAGGCGUGCUCGUUGACGCUUCGCGGGCCGCCUUCUUUUUCCUCCUUCCUGUUUUGGCUGCGAGGCUGGAGAGAUGAUGGACGACGACGCUGGCGCUUGAGAGGAGGCGAGCGGCCGCUGCCCGCCAUGGCGGAGGAUUCGGAGCUGGAGAGGAAGGCAGUGGAAGAACUUCUAAAAGAAGCCAAACGUGGAAAAACCAGAGCAGAAACUAUGGGGCCUAUGGGCUGGAUGAAGUGCCCUCUAGCCAGCACAAACAAAAGAUUUCUUAUCAAUACUAUUAAGAACACGUUACAGUCCACGAAAGAGCCAGAGCAGGGACAGAAGCCUGAGGAAGAUGAAAAGGAAUCCAAACCAAGCCUGAGCAGGGAAGAAAUGAAACCAAAGAGACACAGAUUGCACCCUUACACGCCUAGCUUUCGGGCUAGGAGGAGAGUCAGCCGUUCACCUCCGAGACAUCGGAACAGGAAUCAGCACACACAGGAGAAGUAUGAAAAGCAGUCCAGCAAGUGAUGAAGAAUAUGUGCUGUGUUAAGGCAGGAAUGUCAUUAAACACAGAAUGGUGGAGAUGUCCACCUGAAAUUGUCAUGUAAAAAAAAAAAAGAUUGCAUAGUUCUUUACUGUUUUUCUCCCUCCCUAAUUAAACUCUCCUCUGAUGGUUGUAAUCUGUGUUUAGCACAAGUUUUGACAAUGCCUAAGUCAUUAGAAGUCAAGAGACUUAGGAGAAUCUCACUCUGAUUAGAAUGGCACUGUUAGAAACAUCACCCUUUGAUUAACAUAGAUAAAUAUGCAUUGUGUGUACAUGAAAAACCUUUGCAUUGUCUUUUUAAACGCUUCCUAAACCCUCUUUGAUUUUAAAGGGUUUCUGUUCCAUGGGCAAGGAAAGCUGGAAACACUUCUUCACCUUCAUAUAAAUGAUCGAGGGAAAGUAUCACCUCAGAAUGGAUGGCAUAAGUGCCAGAGUUACAAAUUAAUUUGCUUUAAUUUUUUUUUUUUAUUUAUACUGCCCUCAUUUAUAAACCAAGGAGGCAUUUGUCCUGACCAAGCGCGUUAGCUUGGGUCCUGCUGAACAUUUCUGCUGACUGAAAAAAAAAUUUUGUCAAUGGAAGACAGCUUUAUUGCCUCCCACCACAGCCCCAAAUGCCCCAAGGGACAGCCUAAGGAGGGAGUCAGAGGUCUUCCAUGGGGAAGGGAAAUCAACAGAAAUUGGCCCUUUACAUCAGGAGAAAUUGUGGGAUCUAGCCCACUAUUUUGUGAGCAUAGAAUAUCCCCCAGCAUUGAAGUGAAUGAAGGCACCCUCUAUUUGACCUUAUUAAGAGUUUUGUACAACUUUGAAUUUCAGUCAUCGUUUAGAUCAGUGUGUGAAUUUGGCUCCCAUUGUUGUGCACCUGAUUGGUCAACUGACAUGAAGUGAACCAUCAUCUAAUAAGGACAACACCUGCUGUGUAUUGCUUUUUCUCUGGUGUGCAGCUAUAUGGUGAAGAAUGAUGAUUCUGAAAAUUAAGCUUUACUAAUUAAAGGUGGAAUUAUAAAAUAGUAUAGGAAGUUGCCACUUGAAUUUGAAUUGCUAUUCUGAUAGAGUUGUAUUGUAGAGUUCUAAAUGCUUUCUUUACUUCUGGUAAUUGACAUUUGUCAUUCUUUUGCUCUGUGGAGCUGUCCGUUGACAUUUACAGGCUUUAGACAUGGUUAUCUGGUGUGUGUGUAAUUGUUUUCAGUGAGUUAAUAUUAAACUUGUAUGACUGAA